CCAAGCAAUAAUGCAUCCUCAAAUCUCUAACACCACAUUUCAAAAUGAAGCAUUGCAUCUCAAAACAUUUUCUAAGUUGUUUCGCUUUGUUUCUGUUGCUAGUCGCAACAACCUAUGCCACUGUUGUCCCUACCACCACCCAAAAGCCACCAAGAAGCUUUGCAAACCAAUUCCUCAUCCCCCAGAACGCGGCACGUGCGGUGCUGAGGCUGCGGCCAUUGGUGUGGGACUCCAAAUUAGCACACUACGCGCAAUGGUAUGCCAACCAGAGGCGCAACGAUUGUGCCCUAGAGCACUCCAACGGACCUUACGGUGAGAACAUUUUCUGGGGCAGUGGCACGGGGUGGAAGCCAGCACAAGCUGUUAGUGCAUGGGUUGAAGAGCGCCAAUGGUACAAUUAUUGGCACAAUUCUUGUGCCAAUGGACAGAUGUGUGGACAUUACACUCAGAUUGUGUGGAGCACCACCAGAAAAAUUGGUUGCGCUAGCGUUGUUUGCUCUGGUGGUAAGGGCACCUUCAUGACUUGCAACUAUGAUCCUCCUGGGAACUACUAUGGAGAAAGACCUUACUGAAAAUUAAUUAUAAGAAGUGAGACAAGUCAAUAAUGUUCUAAUAGGAUCAUAGUAGCUACCCAUGUUCUCCGCUGGCAUAUUACUAUUGUCUGAUUGCCAUGUGCCCAUGUGCAUGGGUUUAAUUGUGGCUCUGUCUCGCUAGCUACUCUGUAUCCUUGUUUUUAUUGCUUGUCUAAUCUAAUAUAAAGUAUAAAUGUCUAAUAUGCUUCCUUUUCA